AUGCAUGAACAAGGCCAAAUUGAAGCCAAAAUUCUUGCCAAGCUCAACAAAUCGAAUUCGCCAUUUAUCGUAAGGGCGUAUGACUUUUUCAUUUUCAGAUCUCACAUUUGCAUUACUUAUGAAAUUCUUGGCAAAAACUUAUAUGAGAUUUCGCAAGCAAAUAACUACAGACCUCUUCCAGUUAAAUUAGUACGACAAUAUGCAACAGAAAUGCUUCGAGGAAUCGAACAAUGUCAUAGAUUAGGCAUUGUUCAUUGCGAUCUGAAACCAGAAAAUGUUUUAGUUUGUCCAGAUAACAAAGUACACUGUAAAUUGAUUGAUUUUGGCAGUUCAUGUUUUGAUGGACAUCAGAAAUAUGAAUAUAUACAAAGUAGAUUCUACAGAGCUCCAGAAGUUAUGAUUGGAGUGAAAUACGGUCCUCCGAUGGAUAUUUGGAGUUUUGCUUUGAUUGUUGUUGAAUUAUUACUUGGAAAACCAUUGUUUCCUGGUGAAAAUGAACUUGAACAGCUUACCAUGAUCGCUGAAGUUCUUGGAAAUCCAAACGCAGGAUUAGUUCGACAAGGUAAGAGAAAGAAUGAAUUCUUCGACGAGCAACUACAUCUUAAGCAAAGUCGUUCUGUAAGAAAGCGAAUCCCUGGUUCUUUACCUCUUUCAAGAGCUCUCAAGUCAAACGACCCUGUUUACGAAGAUUUUAUUGCUAGAUGUCUCACUUGGGAUCCUAUUGCACGAACAACAGCAACGCAACUUCUACAGCAUCCUUGGCUUCAUAUGAAAGAAGUCAAGAAAGCUCCAAAACAGCAAUCAAUGCUCCCGGACUUACAUCCUCAAGAUAACUAA